UGUAGUCCAGGGAUUGGCCUUAACUAGUACCUGACCUCUCUUCUCAUCUUGCUUUCCCCACCAGGCCUGUGGAGAAGGGGGCAGAGUAAUGCUUGUCAGGGAGUCUGUUGCUCCUUGGUAGAUGCCAUAUGUGGAGAAUAGGCCUGACCAACAUGUCCUCUUGCUGUAGCCUGAUGCACCACCCUAGUCGGACUAUCCCCCAUGCUUCACUUUCACUAGCUUUGCCUUUCUUGCUGGCCUUGCUCUGCAUCUGCUGGUACCACUUCCUCCCUUCCCCAUUUCCAAGCUCUAGUCCACAGCUGUUGUGGCAGAGGAUGCUAAUGGCUCAGGCCCCCUGGGACCACCACCCCACUGGAUGUAUUAAUGAUGGGGGUGGUCUGGGUUGGAGGAUGAGGGAAUCAAGAAUUCAGCCAGGACAGGAAGGGAAAUGCUGGGCUCUGGGAUCCCCUCCCUUUUCCACCAGCAGUGGCUUCUGUUUCCUCCCUCAUUCCUCCUAGCCUCUCCUGGCUUCCUGCUCUCUUUGACCUGCUCAUGUCCGGUUUGGAUUAAUCCAGAGUUCCUCUUAUCUCCUUUCUUUUUUUCCUGCUCCUCCAUCCUUCCCUCCAGUCCAGAUAACUAGUUGUUUGUACUGAGCAAGGGAAAGGGGUACGGCUAGCUACCUCUACCUUAGGUGGGGGUGGGAUUGAGCUGGCUCAGCCCCUCUGAGCCUGUGAGUCAGCACUGUCCUUGGGAUUGGUCUCUCCUUAGUUCCCCGCCCCUGGGGAGGAGCCAGUUAGCUCUGGGUCCAGCCUGUUCUCCUCUGCCAUAAGAGGCUCCACGCUGGGAUGGCCGAGGAAGGGGCCUGAAACUGGCUAGUUCUCAUCCGUGGGAGAGCAGAAGCUACUUGUUCUUUGCCUCCCCAGGACUUCUGUGACCACUGGGCUGCAGGGGUCAGACCAGGCUAAGGGCCUGGGGAGGGCCCCUGCCUGGCCCCCUUGCCUGAACUGGCAGGGGGGCCAGGCCAGGGAGCAGUCGCCUUCUCAUCCCAGCCAUGGAUCUUCUACCUCCCAAGCUGAAGUACAACCCACUUCGAAAUGAGUCUCUGUCAUCGCUGGAGGAGGGGGCUUCAGGGUCCACUCCCCCGGAGGAGCUGCCUUCCCCAUCAGCCUCAUCCCUGGGACCCAUUCUGCCAACUCUGCCUGGGAACGAUAGUCCGACUACCCUGUGCUCCUUCUUUCCCCGAAUGAGCAACCUCAAGCUGGCCAAUCCUGCUGGGGGGCGCCUGGGGCCUAAGGGGGAGCCAGGAAAAGCCGCUGAAAAUGGGGAAGGGGUUGCUGGGGCAGCUGGGCGGGACUCAGGCCUCCUGCCCCUCCUCCAGGACAUGAACAAGCUGAGUGGAGGCGGCGGGCGCAGGACUCGGGUAGAAGGGGGCCAGCUGGGGGGCGAGGAGUGGACCAGACACGGGAGCUUUGUCAAUAAGCCCACGCGGGGCUGGCUGCAUCCCAACGACAAAGUCAUGGGACCUGGGGUUUCCUAUUUGGUUCGGUACAUGGGUUGUGUGGAGGUUCUGCAGUCAAUGCGAGCCCUUGACUUCAAUACCCGGACUCAGGUCACCAGGGAGGCCAUCAGUUUGGUGUGUGAGGCCGUGCCGGGUGCCAAGGGGGCGACAAGGAGGAGAAAGCCCUGUAACCGCCCACUCAGCUCUAUCCUGGGGAGGAGUAACCUGAAGUUCGCUGGAAUGCCAAUCACUCUCACUGUGUCCACCAGCAGCCUUAACCUCAUGGCCUCAGACUGCAAGCAGAUCAUUGCCAACCAUCACAUGCAAUCUAUCUCAUUUGCGUCCGGUGGGGAUCCGGACACAGCCGAGUAUGUCGCCUAUGUUGCCAAAGACCCUGUGAAUCAGAGAGCCUGCCACAUCCUGGAGUGUCCUGAAGGGCUUGCCCAGGACGUCAUCAGCACCAUUGGUCAGGCCUUUGAAUUGCGCUUCAAACAAUACCUCAGGAACCCUCCCAAGCUGGUCACCCCUCAUGACAGGAUGGCUGGCUUUGAUGGCUCAGCUUGGGAUGAGGAAGAAGACGAACCACCCGACCAUCAGUACUAUAAUGACUUCCCAGGAAAGGAACCCCCUCUUGGUGGGGUGGUAGACAUGAGGCUUCGGGAAGGAGCUGCUUCAGGAGCUGUUCGACCCACUCUGCCCAGUGCCCAGAUGCCCAGCCAUCUGGGAGCUACACUGCCUGUAGGGCAACCAACUGUAGGAGACUCCGAAGUCCGAAAACAGAUUCUUCCUCCACCACCCUGCCCAGCAGGCAGAGAACUUUUUGAUGAUCCCUCCUAUGUCAACAUCCAGAACCUAGACAAAGCCCGGCAAGCUGGGGGCGGGGCUGGGCCCCCCAGUCUUGCUGUCAAUGGCAGCACACCCCGAGACCUUUUUGACAUGAAGCCCUUUGAAGAUGCCCUUCGGGUGCCUCAACCUUCUCAGUCUAUGUCCAUGGCUGAGCAACUUCAAGGGGAGUCCUGGUUCCAUGGGAAGCUGAGCCGGCGGGAGGCAGAGGCACUGCUGCAGCUCAAUGGUGACUUCUUGGUGCGAGAGAGCACCACUACACCUGGCCAGUAUGUGCUCACUGGCCUGCAGAGUGGGCAGCCCAAGCACCUGCUUCUGGUGGACCCUGAGGGUGUGGUUCGGACAAAGGAUCACCGCUUUGAGAGUGUCAGUCACCUCAUCAGCUAUCACAUGGACAAUCAUUUGCCCAUCAUCUCUGCAGGCAGUGAACUAUGUCUACAGCAACCUGUGGAGCGGAAACUGUGAUCGGUCUAGGCUUCUCUCCUAGAGGAUACCUGCCAGCCCCUUCCACUCUAUUCCUUAACCCUCAGGACCUCUGUUCUGUGGGUUUGGCCUUGGGUGGGAGCUGGGAAGAGUGGACACUGGGUUUAAUGCCCACCUGAGAGAGAGGGUUUGAGUCAGGAGCCUGGAGUAGCAGUCUGCUUCUCCCCAAACCUCACCAAAGUAUUAAUGUACAGAGUGGCCCCCUUGCCUGGGCCUUUCCUGUGCCAACCUGAUGCCUGUUCCCCAAGAAGGUGGGUGCUUUAAUGAAAAAUGUCCUGUGGUGAUAGGCCCAGUGGAGCAAUCACCCUUCUGGGGAAAGGGAAACAAAUCAUACCUCUGGCCUACCCCUGGACUUCAGGGUACCCCAGAUCCCUCUUAACAUAUGCCAUCCUCUAUGUCCCCUGUUAAAACUUCGUGCCUUUGACUAUCUCCUAGGUGUACAGAUACUUUGCAGUUCUCAGGCCCCUGAACUGGGGACAGGGGUGCUGACACCUUGACUUCUGUGACCCUGUCCUCUUGCUCAGCACCACUUCCAGUUUGGGGGGGAAGAAUAAGGGUAGGAGUGGCAGCUAUGUCCUCUGCCUUCUGGAUAUACAGCCUUUAAGAGAUUUCCCCAGAGCCCCACCUCCUGGCCAAGGGGGAAUUGGACCCUGCUCUUGCUCAGUGCCUCCUGGCCCUUUCUUCCAAGGAGCCUGUAUAGGUUUCUUAGGCCUGCCCCUCCUGUGUUGCAUGUGUGGUCUAUUCUACAGCCAAAGCAUAGUCCUUUUCUGCAGCUCCACCCCAUCUCCCCCUUCUGGGCUGGGGGUGUGUGACUGAGCUUGGGCCUCCUAUAUGUACAGAUAACCUCCAGGUGUGGUUUUGUGGAGGCACUGCCACUGAAGCAGGAGACAAUCCCAGGUACCAUCUGUAGACUUAGAACUGCACUCAUUUUCAUUUUACAUGCAUACAUUUUUAGGACUACAUUUAUUUUUAAGUUUUGUUUCUCAUGGCUUACUUUUGAGCACAAAAUUAUAAUUGAUAACAUUUAUACAUAACCUUUUUGACUUUUCCAAGCCCUUUUACAACUGUUGGUGUUUGCCUCCCUCUGGCCUGGAGGUAACUAGGACCGACAGGACUUUUGUUUUUUUAUUUUUCCAAGAGAAACCGGAGAUUAGAAAACCUGGGUCUCUUAGGACAAGGCAGUAAGGCAGAAGGUUGGAUGCACGGUGUCGUGGGGUUGUGAUGUGGCAGCUUGCUGCUGGUAUUGCGUUCCUUCUGCCUGUGGGCUGAUAUGACUGAAACUUGCUGCGCACUCUUUAGGCCAUACGAAUAAGGGGGAGCCGAAGGUUUUCAAUCUCGGCCUUCGCCUUUUUCGGUUUGGGUCUUUCCGGAGUCUCUCACACCAAAGGAAGAGCCUUCAUUAAAGUCUGUAUUUCUUCUA